GGAGGGAUGUGUGGGUUGGAAGUGUUAGGACACAUCUAGUCCACCUCUGCUCAGAGAGAACACAUCUAGUCCACCUCUUCUCAGAGAGAACACAUCUAGUCCACCUCUUCUCAGAGAGAACACAUCUAGUCCACCUCUGCUCAGAGAGAACACAUCUAGUCCACCUCUUCUCAGAGAGAACAUAGCGCUGUGUCUUCCACACACUGCCUGCCUGGGGAGACCAGCCACCACAUCCUCAGAGCAUUGGAUGCAGCUGGGUCAAAACCAGAGGAGAAGAGAGAAUGGCUUUCUGUGGUGCUGUGAUGAUGAGAGGAUAACGGGGCCAAGCACUGAGGGCCCUGAGGUGGACAGGCACAGUUGAAGCAGCAGGCCAGGGUUGAGCCAGGCAGGCAGUGGGCACCCACCGUCCAGGGACCAGGAGCCACCAUUUCUCGGGUGGUGUGGCCGGCGCGGAGGAGGGGCGCCGUGCGGAGGCUGGAGGCACUCUGGAUGAUGACCAGCCUGUUCCGCCGCCGCAACAGUGGUAACCAUGGUGACGUGGCGUCACACAGCGACAGCCCAGUCCCAGCUGAACUCAACAACGGUAAUCCCAGUGGGGGUGGGCAAACGGUGCGGCGUCUGGAGUUCAACCAGGCUAUGGAGGACUUCAGGACUAUGUUCCCCAGCAUGGAGCAGGAGGUGAUAGAGUGUGUGCUGCGGGCCAACCACGGAGCCGUGGACUCCACUAUCGACCAGCUGCUCCAGAUGAGCCUGGAAGGACACGGCUCUGAUGACGGCUCCGACUCAGAGGACAGCAUCCCCCCUGAGAUCUUGGAGCGGACGUUGGAGCCGGACAGCUCUGACGAGGAGCCCCCGCCGGUCUACUCUCCGCCCUCCUAUGACAUGCACAUCUACGACAGGAAGUACCCAGAUCAGGUCCUGCCCACAGCAUCACCACCACCCAGCUUUGAUGCCAGUCAAUCCCGUCCCUGCCAGCCCCCUCCUGGUCCACACCCUCCUGCCAGUCAAAGGCAGAUUGGAAGUUACAGGAACUGGAACCCACCGUUACUAGGCAACCUCCCUGAUGAUUUCCUCCGGAUCCUGCCUCAGCAGCUGGACAGUCUGCCACGCUCUCACAGCAGCCUAACGCCGACUAGUCUGACCCAGCCCUCCUGCUCUUCCUCCCUGUUGUCCAUGACGCAGCAGGUUGAGCCUGGGGCUGGGGCGGCGGCCAGGGCAGGCCAGGUUGGCAUGGAGACGGACCAGGAGAGAAAGCUGAAGCAGUACUUGGAGGAUGAGCGCAUAGCCCUCUUCCUGCAGAACGAGGAGUUUAUGAGGGAGCUGCAGCGCAACCGCGAGUUCCUCAUCGCCCUUGAGAGAGAUCGGCUGCAGUAUGAGUCAAAGGCAUCCAAGUCCCAUCAUUCACCAGCUUUCAUGGGGACGUCCACUCCAGGAGAUAAUUGUGCCUCAGGCUCUGGGGAGGCCUGCACCAAUGUUACAGAUGACGCCUUGUUCCGUGACAAACUCAAGCACAUGGGCAAAUCUACGCGAAAGAAGCUUUUUGAAAUCGCUAGAGCUUUCUCUGAAAACACCCGAAGAAGAAAAACAAAAAGGAGGGCCCUCAUGAAACAUCAUUCACUGGGUAAUGCUGCCUCCACUGCCAACCUCUUGGAAGAUGAAGAAGCUGGACACCUGAGUGAGGAGGACAGCAUGCUCAAGAGACCAGGCCCUCAGGAAGAGGAGGUGCCCCAACAGGAAGUGUUAUCAUGAGUUGUCAUAUAGUUUUGUCUGUGACAAUGGAAGAACAAUAUGGCUCACACUACCCUCUUCUUGACCUGAACCAGCCUGUCCCAAGUCCCUUGGAAUAUUACUACCUUCAGAUGAAAUUUCCCAGUUAUGAAGUCGUAAGUCCUGUUUUAGAAGUCAGAGCAAUUCUUCCUACCAAUGAGAUUUCAUCUAACACGAUGAGCUAGCUAACAUUGCUAAUGAUAAAGUUAGCUAGCUUGCUUAACUUUGACAAUAUGGUAAACUAGCUAUUAUCCACAUUGAUAAGUUUGACAGCGUCAAACAUUAAUUUGCUUUAUCAUCUUAUGGUUGAUGAAAGGUCAGUGAUGAAACGUCACAACUCUUAAAUUGGUUAUCUUCACUGACUUUCACUCUUGGAAUUCCAACAUGGGAGGGUUGUUCAAGUGCUUAUUUCUCAGUCGGAACAUCAUAUUUCCCACUUGAGUAGCAUUUGAAGGCAGCAUAUUGCUCUUUUGAUUUCAUGUUUCAGAAAUCAUCAAACUAGCUAGUUAGGCACUUUUUAAAAUAUUUAAGUUAUAUGUCAAAUGUAUUGUUAUUGAUGGUGAAUAUUUAAAAAAUGUUAUGAUUUAGAUUUAAAAUAUUGAAAUUAUUCCUGAUAAUUGCUGGGUGAUACAGUAAAGGCAGAGUGAAAGCUGGAGUUGUAAUUCUGAUAGGACUCAGGACCCUAGUGCAUUUUACUCUCAUAUGAAUGGAUUUGAACAUGUCUAGCUCCGGAACAUUCAAACAGUCCAUUUCUGGCCCCAUGUGAGUUUCUCUGUGUGCAACAGUGAAUGUUCUAGUUUAUGCUUCCCCCAAUGCAAUUAUAUUCUCCCAAUCUGAGACUAUACUCUCUACCAAGUUGUCUGCCUUAAGGUUCAACAACAAGGUCCAGAUAGGAACAUUUCCCCCAUUGAUCUAAUGGUACAGUUGAAGUCGAAAGUUUACAUACAUUUAGGUUGGAGUCAUUUAAAACUCGUUUUUCAACUACUCCACAAAUUUCUUGUUAACACAUUAUAGUAUUUGCAAAUCGGUUAGGACAUCUACUUUGUGCAUGACACAAGUAAUUUUUCCAACAAUUGUUUACAGAGAGAUUAUUUCACUUAUAAUUCACUGUAUCACAAUUCCAGUGGGUCAGAAGUUAACACACUAAGUUGACUGUGCAUUUAAACAGCUUGGAAAAUUCCAGAAAAUUAUGUCAUGGCUUUAGAAGCUUCUGAUAGGCUAAUUGACAUCAUUUGAGUCCAUUGGAGAUGUGGAUAUAUUUCAAGGCCUACCUUCAAACCCAGUGCCUCUUUGCUUGACAUCAGGUGUAAAUCAAAAGAAAUCAGCCAAGACUUCAGAAAAAUAAUUGUAGAACUCCGUAAGUCUGGUUCAUUCUUGGGAGCAAUUUCCAAACGCUUGAAGAUACCACGUUCAUCUGUACAAACAAUAGUACGCAAGUAUAAACACCAUGGGACCACGCAGCCGUCAUACCGCUCAAGGCAGAGAUGCGUUCUGUCUCCUAGAGAUGAACGUACUUUGGUGCGAAAAGUGCAAAUCAAUCCCAGAACAACAGCAAAGGACCUUGUGAAGAUGCUGGAGGAAAUUGGUACAAAAGUAUUUAUAUCCACAGUAAAAACUAAUCCUAUACCGACAUAACCUGAAAGGCCGCUCAGCAAGGAAGAAGCCACUGCUCCAAAACCGCUAUAAAAAAGCCAGACUACGGUUUGCAACUGCACAUGGGGACAAAAAUCGUACUUUUUUGAGAAAUGUCCUCUGGUCUGAUGAAACAAAAAUAGAAUUGCUUUGCUGCAGGAGGGACUGUUGCACUUCACAAAAUGGAUGGCAUCAUGAGGAAGAUAUAUGUGGAUAUAUUGAAGCAACAUCUCAAGACAUCAGUCAGGAAGUUAAAGCUUGGUCGCAAACGGGUCUUCCAAAUGGACAGUCACCCUCAGCAUACUUCCAAAGUUAUGGCUGAAGGACAACAAAGUGAAGGUAUUGGAGUGGCCAUCACAAAGCCCUGACCUCAAUCCUAAAGAAGAUAUGUGGGCAGAACUGAAAGUGUGUGUGUGCAAGGAGACCUCCAAACCUGACUCAGUUACACCAGCUCUGUCAGGAGGAAUGGGCCAGAAUUCACCCACGUUAUUGUGGGAAGCUUGUGGAAGGCUACCUGAAAAGUUUGACCCAAGUUAAACAAUUGAAAGGCAAUGCUACCAAAUACUAAUUGAGUGUAUGUAAACUUCUGACCCACUGGGAAUGUGAUGAAAUAAAUAAAAGCUGAAAUAAAUCAUUAUCUCUACUAUUAUUCUGACAUUUCAUGUUCUUAAAAUAAAGUGGUGAUCCUAACAGACUUAAGACAGGGAAUGUUUACGAGGAUUAAAUGUCAGGAUUUGUGAAAAACUGAGUUUAAAUGUAUUUGGCUAAGGUGUAUGUAAACUUCCAACUUUAACUGUAUAUUCCCAGAGAUGACUAAUGUAGGGGAAUACUGUUUCCAGUGUAACCAGCGAGCCCUGGUUUGAAUCUGAAUCUGGACCUUCAGUGUAACAGUAUCCAUGGGUUUUCACCUUUAGCAUGCCUAUGCCUAUUUAGUAAGUUUAGAACAUAAUUAAUUUACUGUUUCUCAUGUACAUUAUUAGAAACACUAUGAAGUUCCUUCUUCUGUUUGUGGCCCCUACAUCUUUUUUGCUUACAGUAGAGCAGUUAGACCUUCAAUUGUGAGUUGAGGCUUAACUGUCACGGUUAACUCUACUUGCAAUUUUCAUAUUCUACCAUUUUCAUUCUUAAUGAAUUGUCUUUUUCAACCACGUGUUCUUGCUGGUGAAUAUCACUGCUAUGUCUCUCAGAGUAUACCUCUUUGCACCUCAGAACUUUUACUCAAGUGGUAUGUUUUUGUUAUUUAAAGAAGAAGAAAUUAUGUCUAUUAUUUGAAGAAAACAGUUUUACUCCUGUUUUGCUUGUAGCUACUUAGGAAAGGAAGCUCGAGACUAUCACAAUGAUCCAAUGGCUUUAUGUGAUCCUACUGUAAAUGAGACCAGUAAGACUUGA